AUGUUUCACUGUAAUUCUUGCUCCUCCUGCUUGACCGAUGAUGUUUGUCAUCUAUCUACACCUAACACUUCCUUCUUACAAGGCCAAGAAGAAGAAACCCAACAACAAACCAAAAAUGUUGUUGUUGGGACAAAUUGGGAUGUUUGUGAUUAUGAUAUUCCAUUGAAUAAGAGAAAGAUUGAGAAGGAAAAGAAAGACAAAGAUCAAUAUGGAAAAGAGAAAUCUCAGCUACACAAUGUUUCUUCGUCUACCAGCCACGACGACACAAAAAUCGCCAACAAACAAGAAACUAAGAAGACGUGUAAUGUUGAUGAUGAAUGGGAGAUCAAGAAGGUGCUUGAAAAGAGCGAUGUUUGUCGCACUUUGAGUAGGCUUAUGUUGAAGAAAGAAUUGACUCAAGAGUUUGUGAUUCCGGUGGUCUUGGGUGGUGCUAAAGCUGCCAAGCAUAAAGGCGUGGAAGUAAAAGUAUGGGACGUUGACACAAAGUCUCUUCAUUCUCUCGUUUUCAAGAUAUGGACUUCCGCACAAAGCUAUGUUUUCAAUAAGAGAUGGUUCAAAGAUUUUGUUCUUAGAAGGGAAUUAAAGAAAGGAGAUCAAAUUGGCUUACAUUGGGAUCGAGAUAAUGGACGCUUUAACUUUUCCGUAAUUGCUUUAUAA